UAUGACUAUGUAUGUGACGAAUAAACCAAACUUGAACUUGAACUUGAAAUGAUGUAAGAGAUGGGUGUGGCCAGCGCUAUGGCAGUGAGAAACUCAAGGAGCUCUACAAACUCUUACUAGAUUCUGAUGAGGAACAGCGAUUGAGGGCAUUUAGAGGUGAUCGCUCUAAACUGGAGGAGACAGAUCUAUUCAUGCUCUACCUAGUGGAGAUUCCAAGUUUUCGUCUGCGUUUGGAGGCGAUGGUCCUUCAGGAAGACUUUGACAAUGCUCUGACCUCCUUGUCUGCUUUAGCUCGUUGCUUAGAAACAGCUGCCACAGAGCUGAUGUCAUGUGUUGAGCUCCACUCAAUCCAGCGCUUGGUGCUGAAAGCUGGAAACUACAUGAAUGCUGGAGCAGUAAAAAAAGAUACUUUCAUACCAUCAAUACUUUCAUACCACCUCAAACUCGGCCAUGUUGGACCAGCUGCCAGGUUAUCAGUGGAAUCUCUACAGGAAGAGUUCAGUGAACUGCAGUCAAGAGUGGCCGCCCUGCUGGAGGGAGUUCAAAUUCCACACACAGAUUACACCAUUACUACAGGCUCCUGUGUUAAAGCUGGGGGAUCUACAGAUGGAGGUGUCUGCUGUGUGUGACGCUCAGUCAGCUCUGCUGGAGUUUCUUUGUGAGGAUGAUGAUGGUAUGUUCAAACUGGAGGAAACAUGUGCUACCUUUCACAGCUUCCAGCAGCGCUUUCUCAAAGCUGCACAGGCGCUAAUUUACGUACGUAAAGAGGAAGAAAGACCUAAACGUGAAAUAUAUUUUUAUUAACACAAAGACGGCACAACAUUAACCACAGUGCUUUGCGUCAUGGGCGUGUCCGACAGUCUGCGUGAAUCCCCGGAUGUGCGUUUGAGUGGGACAACGGGAGAGCGCGAGUCGCCGGAGAGUCGGUAGAGCGCACAGUGCUACCCCGGCCAUGCAGACGGUUAAGUGUGUGGUUGUGGGGGACGGCGCGGUGGGGAAGACCUGCUUGUUGAUCUCCUACACCACCAACGCCUUCCCGGACGAGUACAUCCCCACCGUGUUCGACAACUACAGCACCCAGACGUGCGUGGACGGGCGCGCCAUUAGCCUCAACCUGUGGGACACGGCGGGCCAGGAGGAGUAUGACCGCCUGCGGACCCUGUCCUACCCCCAGACUCAUGUCUUCAUCAUCUGCUUCUCCGUGGUCAGCCCCUCGUCGCACGCCAACGUGCGUCACAAGUGGCACCCGGAGGUGAGCCACCACUGCCCUGGCGUGCCUGUCCUGCUCGUGGGCACCAAGCAGGACCUGCGCUCAGACCGCGAGACCCUGGAGAGGCUGCGGGAGCAGGGCCUGAGCCCCGCCACGGCCCAGCACGGCGCCGCGCUGGCGCGGAGCAUUGGGGCCGUGCGCUACCUGGAGUGCUCCGCCCUGCUCCAGGAGGGGGUCCGCGAGGUGUUCCAGGAGGCUGUCAGAGCCGUGCUCUACCCCAACGCCAAGAAACACGCCAAAAAGUGUGUGCUCUUAUAACCAGCAGACUUUGUGUGUGUGUGUGUGUGUACAAAUGUGAGGUUUUUGUUCUUAUUGUAUAGUGUUUUUCACUAUAAUUUUGUAUUCAUACAGUAACUUGUGUAUGUGUGUAUGAAUGCACAGCCAAAUUGGUGGAACACAGACUGUUUCAUUGCGAGAAGAGGCUGACUCUGUGUGUGUGUGUGUGUGUGUGUGUGUGUGUGUGUGUGUGUGUGUGUGUGUGUGUGUGUACACAAAUUCCACGCACACACACACACAGGAUGCGUAAGAUAAAAGGUAGGCUGUGAGUGCGGACAGCAGAUGUCCACAAGUCCAGAACCAACACAUCAGCCUGCAUAGUUGGAACCCGAGAGGAAAGGACACUUGUCCUUCAGCCCUGGACAUUCUGAUUGGAUUCCGCCCUGGAGUCUGUGCCCUCUCCCCCUUAUAAUGUCACUGUAUUUUGAAGCUUCCUAUUGGCCCGCUUCAAGCCUGGUCACCAAAGAGCUGAGGCCAACUAGCUUUAUGUUUCGGUUGUAACGUGGGGUUGUCUCUGAUUUGCCAAUCCUCAGUCCUGCCUUAAUGAUGUCACCUGCGUGAAGAUGUCAUGACCUACCAAUGAAGUUUGACAUCUCUGGUCAAGAGUCGAGUGCCUUCAGAACCAGAAAGUGCUUUUUAAACACUCGUCCCCCCCCCCCCCAUGUGCCUUCAGACUCAACCAAUCCUCCCCCCGUAUGCCUGAUCUGGGAGCGGUUGUGAUCCUCUGAUCUUCAUGGGCGUUUCAGACUUCUUUGCAGGUCUGUGAAACCCGAUGUUUUAGAUGGCCAAGCAGUUCUUGACACGACAUGCCACAGGUAAUUUACACCCCCACGUGUCUGCCUGGCGUGUAGUAACUGGGCGUGGGACUGUCUAGCCGGUCCAUGGUUUCCCGCCAUGCCAGAUAUGCGGUGUUCUUACUGGCUUGGCUCAGGAAGCUGGGGGCAGAGCCAAAAACAUGGUGUGGAUUUGUGUCCCUGAGGAAUGGAUUGAACUGUUCUGCUGUCAGCAUGGAGAUCUCAGUGUUUACAUAUUCUUCAUGCUGCCUUACUGCUAGGAAAUAUUUCAUUGUUCUAUUAAUAACUUUACACUACAACAUUUCUGAUGUACGAGCUGGUGAUGAGAGAUCGCUAUGGCAACUAGUGUUCUCCUGUUGCAUCCGCCUGAUAGAGCAGUUAGUUAGGUUAUAGGUCAUGGGUUACAGUAAGGUCAUACAACAAGGUCAUAGGUUGAAUUCCCAGAGAGCACACGCAUGAUAAAUAUAUGCACUCUGGAUAAGAGUGUAUGCCUGAUGACUUAAAUGUAAACUGCGUAAAUUUUACAUUUACGUAAAUGUAAACUCAUGUACGCCAUCAACCGGUCAGAAAACAAAAAACGUUGAUGACGUACCAUUAGAUCUAUUUGUUUGCAUUACGCCGUGAGCCAGUGCCCUAAUUAGAGCUGGGGGAAAAAACAACAUAGAUUUCUGUUCACACUACAGAGUGUGCAUCGCACAAGCACUUCAGUCUCAGAAAUCCACGUGUGAAUGUGUUUACACACCAGGCCUGUCCACACUGCAGCAUGUGUGUUGCAUUCUCACCACUGCACAGACACUUGGUGCUUGCGCUCCAACUCUGCUCCCAGUACGCCUGCAACAGUGGUGCUAAUGGGUUAGUACUGGUUCAGAAGGACGGGCCUCCGUCGACACCUUACUGGGGAACGUGCGGGGCUACGGGGAGUGAGCUUGUUGGACACCUGGUGUGUGUGGUCUGCGCUGAGAGGAGAGAGGAAGGGCGAGCGUGGGGAGGGAGACGUGGAGACAGACUCGUCUUCUCACGCAUGGUCAGACGUCUAACCCAACUGAAGACCGGAUCCUCUCUCUCUCGUGUUGUUGUUUUUUUAUAACUAGGGUGCCAAAUAAAAGAGUGUACUAUUUAUCACAAAGUGGAACCCAAAGCAUAGUGAGAGUCAGGCCAUUUGCACACGCACACACUAGUUGAUUUUCAGGUAUAUCGACUGCCAUCCUGUAACAAAUAGAGCUGCUUGUUGCACUGCUCCGGUACCUGGUUAGCGUUUCUUCUCUGGGCGCGUCCCACUGGGUCAGGGUUAGGGUCAGUGGGGCCAUUAAUGCCCGUUCUGCCCCUGUCUUCCCAUAGUCGUCUGCUGCAUUUGCACACAAAAGACAACCACUCGUACAGAGUUGGGAGAUUCUGGGGCGGGACUUUAAAGAGGAGUGUUGUCAUGACAACAGAAGCAUGUGUCAUCAUGUGAACAUGAGAAUAAAAACCCAUUUUAAAGGUAAA